UGGAUACUCUACAUAAAGAUGGUCAGUCCGAACCAGACAGGAGUGACAGAGUUUGUGCUGCAAGGGUUCUCAGAGCACCCUAGUCUAAGGCUGUUCCUGACAGGCUGCUUCCUGUCUCUGUACACAAUAGCUCUAAUGGGCAACACUGUGAUCAUUGCUCUGGUCACCUCCAGCACUGGCCUCCACAGUCCCAUGUACUUUUUCCUGUGCAACCUGGCUACCAUGGAUAUUAUCUGCACCUCCUCUGUGCUGCCCAAGGCCCUGGUAGGUCUACUGUCAGAGGAAAACACCAUCUCCUUCAAGGGGUGCAUGGCCCAGCUCUUCUUUCUGGUGUGGUCUGGAUCCUCUGAACUGCUGCUGCUCACAGUCAUGGCCUAUGACCGUUAUGUGGCCAUCUGCCGUCCCCUCCACUACAGCUCUAGGAUGAGUCCACAGCUGUGUGCGGCCCUGGCCAUGGGUGUGUGGUCCAUCUGUGCUCUGAAUGCAUCUAUCAACACUGGUCUGAUGACACGGCUCUCAUUCUGUGGACCCAAGGUCAUCACCCACUUCUUCUGUGAGAUCCCCCCACUCCUCCUGCUCUCCUGUAGCCCCACAUAUAUAAAUAGCAUUAUGACUCUUGUGGCAGAUGCCUUUUAUGGAGGCAUCAACUUCGUGCUAACCCUGUUAUCCUAUGGCUACAUCAUCGCCAGCAUCCUGCGCAUGCGUUCUGCUGAGGGCAAGAGGAAGGCCUUUUCUACCUGCUCAUCCCACCUCAUUGUGGUCUCUGUGUACUAUUCAUCUGUGUUCUGUGCCUAUAUCAGUCCUGCUUCCAGCUACAGCCCAGAAAGAAGCAAAUUUACCUCAGUGCUGUACUCAGUCCUCAGCCCAACCCUGAACCCUCUCAUCUAUACACUGAGGAACAAGGAUGUCAAGCUAGCCCUGGGCAGGCUCUUGCCCUCUUUCUCACAUUAAGUGAAGGCUGUUCUCCAGGCCUGGGCUGUUCCUAAACAUGUUUUCCUGAGGGCAGCCUCACAGAGCCCAAGUGUCCCUGUUGUUGCUUUAGAAAACAUUUGUCUGAGGGGAAGACUGGACAAUUCCACUCGCUGUAACUUCUUCCAUUUGGUGUAAAUAAAACACCAGUUUUCUCUCCUGACAAGAACAAACCAUUUCAAAAGUAAAGUUUAUCUAAAUAGAGAUUCCAUGUUCCUAUGCUGAAAGAUUUUCUGUGGAUGACUUUGGUGACAGUCAAAGAACAUAGC